AAAAUAGAAUACAAAUACAAAUGCUAUAUACAAACUCCUAUAUAUAAUUUGAUAUUUAAUUUAUUCAUUUUUAAAUUUGAUGAACACUUCAGCUUCAAAACAUUAGAAUUUGCUGGCAAUUAUUUCAUGUUUCAGGCUUUACAGGGUUAAAAUAAAAUAAAGAAUUGAGGCAAAAAAUGUGAAAAAGCACAAAAACAUCUUUAAUGUUAAAUGAGCGACAAACUUAAUGCACUUAAAUGCUUGACAAAAAUGUCUUAUUGUACGGUAUAUCCUGCCCUUUUCAUAAUGCAGCAGAGAUCCAGAACACUGCUACCACACCUGAAUUUGUAUACAAAUUGUAUUUUAGUUACACAAUGUACUUAACGUUAUAAUGUUUAAUGGUGCUCACUAAUUCAGUACAGUGAUGGAGAGACAUACGCCUUUGAGUCUGACCCUACUUCACUUGUUUACUGGUGCUUAUUUAUUAUGGUUGUUGUUAGUUAAUUUAAAAAAGAGAGAGAGAAAUUGCCAGAAUAAGGCUGUGACUAUGUUUUGAUCAGUUUUUUGUGGUGAUUUGUUUUUUAAAUAAAUAUUUGAAUCAGUCCCAGCAGGACUACGUGUGUUUCCAUGUGCUUUGCAUUCACAGAGGCCUUCUGACUAAGGAUAAAUGCUGCAGGAGGGAUUAUUCGUCCUCUAUGAGAGAGCGAGGACUUCUGAGUUAUGUCCUCCUGCUUCUGAUAUGAAAAAAUGCUUAUAGGAAAAUCUAUGAUAAGUUAUUGUCUCUGCAGCUUAAUCAGCUUUUAUGCUUGGCACAUGUUGAACAAAUGCAAAGCACAAUAUUCAAACUUUCUUAUCUUGUGCAGGUGUUACGGCAAAGUUACUGCUUACGAAAGCAUUCAGUAUUUCGAGUCAUCUUUCUUCCUCGACAUGAUGGAUGUAAUCCAGUCUUAAGGAAAAUAUAAAAGAUUAUCAAGAACACUUAAUGAGAUAGAGUCUUGUCAGUUCAAGCAGCAAAACUCUCAGUGGAGAUGAUGAAAACUGUGGAAUUAGUUCGUUUAUGAAUUCUUACUGUUAAAUAUAAUCCUCAGUUGAGUUUAUGUUUGAGACGUGUCUGAGUUUGCUGGAGGUCACAGACAUGCAAAACUCUUUUUCUUGAACAAAAGUAGAUUUUUGCAUCCACCUGCAAGGACACAAGAUCCGGAAAUCCAGGCAGACACCUGCUUUGAAUUUGCAGAUUCAAGAGAAGGCUGCAUCCAGCUUUUCACAUCAGAGCUGUCUCCUUCACAGAGACCAUGGAGAAGAAGAUGUUUUGCAUCUUUCUAUUCUCUGGUCUGUGCCAUUUCACCUUCUCUUACCAACGUCCUCUGUACCACUUUAUCAACAACCCUAAAGACUGGCUCACUGCCCAGCAGUACUGUAGAGACAUGUACACUGAUUUGGCAACCAUAACUGAUGAGCAGGACUUGGAGGAUUUAGCAGGUCUGGUGGGGUCUGGUGGUCCCUUUGUGUACUUAGGUUUGUACAGAGAUUGGGGCUGGUCAGUGUCUGAAAAUGAUGACUACAAAGUAGGAGAACCUGCAUACUGGAACUGGGCAAGUGGUGAGCCCAGUGUUCAGUCCUGUGCAAGCAUGUCAGCAACAGGGGGAUGGUCUGCUACACCGUGCAACGCCACUUUAAGCUUCGUCUGCUACACUGCACUUGCCACUGCCGUUUCUGAAAGGUUUGUCCUGAUCACCAACACCAUGGACUGGCUCUCUGCUCAGAGCUACUGCAGGACUACGUACACAGAUCUGGCCCGAGUGCAGAACCAGCAGGAAAAUGACCUGCUGCAAGCCUUGGUGACAAACCAGCAGGUGUGGAUCGGCUUGACGAGGAUGUCCUGGAGGUGGUCUGAUGGAAGCGAACCCUCGUUCAUACCCUGGGGACUCUCUGUGAUAACGUCAGCUCAACUCAGCGAUUGUGGUGUGCUUGAGGUCAGCAGCAAUCCUCUUGGGAUGGUCCAAAAGAGCUAUGCUGAAAAACAGCCCUUUAUUUGCUACACCGCUCCGCGGAAAAAGACAUUGGUGCAAAUGGAGCUCAGUGCUGAUGUGGACAUGACAGACCCAGGUGUGAGGGAGUCUGUCUUGAAAUGGGUUAAAAAUAACCUGGGCGGUACAUCUGAUGACCUAAACGUGAGCUGGUGGAAACCUCCAGAAAAGAAAUACCUCUUAAAGCAUCAGAAAUGUCCCCCAUAGUUACCACUGUUUGUUUCUGCAAAAAAGAGGCUCAAUAUCAUAAACGUACCUAAUAUACCUUUGGUAUAUUACUUUUAUCAUUUGCAAAAGUGAAACCAAACAUGAUUGAUUUGUUCUUUAUUUCUUAGGUUAUAUUUGUAUAUUUCCUUUUUCUGUUGGAGUGCAUAAAUAAACAUGAAGGAAUGCAAACUUUCAGGGUUAUUUAAGGUGAUGAACAACUAAAGAAGACGAGUUGUGUUUGUCUCAUCAGAGAGAAAUAUCAGAUCUGAAAAUUAGCAUCUACUUUGAAUCGAGCUCAAGUAAACUGGAUUUCCAUGUAGUUUGCAUACAUCGAAGCAGGCCUUAGAGGACUUUUUCUAAAUUGGUCAUGAGGUGAAGUUAGAAUAAAGUACAAGCCAUUCUAUAGGGAACAUUUAGAACUGACUGCUGGGCUAAUGCCAUGCUUAAGCUAACUACGAGAUUAUGCUACUCAGGCCCAUUUUGGUGUAAAUCUGCAUGUUAAUUGGGGAUCUUUCAAAUGAUCUUUAUUAAUAAAAAGAACACAUCUGUGUAACAGUAGUUGAGGACUAGCUUUCCAGUUUUAAUAUUUUGUUAAUUCAUUAUUGUAUUUAAAUUAUAUGAAGAUCGUUCUCUUGUGUUAAGACUGUGGUACAUACAAUAAUUCUUUGGUGUGAUUCGACUUUAGCUUGGACAGAUUUCCAUUUAUUUAUUUAUUACUGAUCCUGCUGUGUGUGCAGGUUGCGUGGCUGCUCGCUUCCACUACGCUUCUUCCUCUCAGCGACAUCAGUUUCCAGUAAUUUGAGGAAAAGUACAAAAAUUCCCAGAUUUCUGUGGAAAUGUUCUUUCUUUAAUGAAACAAUAAUAAUAAAGAGUGAAUUCUGUUGGAGAUAUUUAAUGAUUUGAUUUUACCAAGCAUUUAAGUGAUCUUUCAUCACAACAAUUCAAGGACUUUUUAAAUCAAAUUUCUUAAUUGAUGAUUUCUCCAGGCUAUUCUUACAGGUUUUAAUGAUGCACGGGAGUAUUUUUAAUCCAGUUUUAGUAGUUUCAACAAUCUCCUUGGUUGUUUCAUUGCUUCUUGUAGGCCCUGCUGCAGAGUUACAUGCAAUUACAAUUAUUUUCUACUGACAAACACUGAAAGGAUUGCUUUUAUAGCGUCAUUUUGGCACCACCUGGUGGUACAAUAACAUAUAAUUGAGACUAUUCCUUCUUUUUUUAACUGUUUUAUUGAAGCAUUGAAACAUAAUCUGACAUUUAAAACAAAAACAAAAAACCCUGAGUGAAAUAUUUAUCAUGAAGUUCAUUACAUGAUGACAGUGAAGCUCUGAAAUCUGUUGUUUCUUUGGGAUGCUUUUAAUUUGAAAUGUCUGAUAAAUACGGCUGUGUGUACGGCUGAAAUGUGAACCCAAGUAUAAUAAAAUUAAUUGCUUUCAACUAAGCUGUGAUCCUAUAAUUUUAUAACUAAAUCACAGCCAAUAAAAAGUCAGAGAGAGGUAGCCAUUGUAGGAAUAUGGAGUUGUUCCUUGCCGGUUCCCAGGUCUACUCUGGCCUGAUGCUGUAGCACGUGCCAGAACCCCAUCAUUAAAUAGUUGGCCUGUCAGCGUGUUCUUCAGUGACAACCCCAGGUGACUAUUCAUUGCAUAGACAAAACUCAUUAGCCUUAUUUGGUAGCUUAUCUAUUAUAAACUUUUUAGAGUUCUUAGUAUGUUUGCAAACUCAAUAUUCUGUCGAACUACAUCAGGGGUCGGCAACCUUUCUGAUGAGUGCCAUCUAAAAU